AUGGAACUCAAAAUGCAAUUUAAUACAUCAGUUCCUCCUGGUGUUCUUCAUUACAUUUUUUCUGGAUACAAAAUACUACGGCCAUGGUUGAUGGCCACAAGAAUGAAAGGACCAAUAAACGAUAUUUCCGUGAUUAAUAACAUGUUUCAGGAGGUCUUGAAGACUGGUUUUUUUGUAAAUCCACCACCCGUUGAAAUUUACUCUAGGCAAUUGCUUAAAUUCAUAUCUGUUUUGGCGGGGAAUAAAAGUACAGCAUCCAUUGAACAUUAUGGAUAUUCAUCUACUUUUCUAUCAAACCCUGUUGCGAAUACUGCUGUACCGACUUCAUUUGGAAAACCAGUAAAAACAGGCAAUAGCAGUGGAAAUGAAGUGCCUUUUAAGUCUCCAGGAAACCAUGAAUUGAAUACAGCUUCUCCUACAUAUUUACCACAGUCUUCGGUGAAUAAUCAAUCUAGUCUAUUAAAGCAGCUUCCUCUCGAAAAUCGUAUAGCAAAUAAUCCACCGUAUCCUACAAAUAUCGCUUCUACCGAAAAUCAGAAAUCUCACCGUCCUGGACCUUUUUCUUCACUUCCUUCAGAUCCUUUAGAUGCUAAGAUACAUGCGACAGCUUCAAAUAGAUUUUCCGUUCCUAGCAUCGCGAAUAGCCAAUCUGUACCUUUGUGGCCUAAUCGGCCACAUCGAGUAACGAACGAGUCAGUACCCCCGUCUUUUGAACAUAGUAACGUUCGUCCUAAUGAACCGCCCAGUCAAGUAUAUCCGGCUUCUACAUUAAGCAGUAAGUCAUCAUCAAAACCUCAUCAACCGAGUCAAGAAGUAUCACAAAAUCUACCCAACGGUGACUCAUCAACACCUAAGGCUGUAGAGCCGUCUACUUCUCAAUUCAAUUUUCAAAAAGUUUAUCCAGAUGUUUCUCCUUAUUUGACUCCUGAUAAUAUUGGUAGUGCAAUUUUAUAUUCCACUAAUGAUUUCUCAAAAUCCGAACCCGACAAGCCUCGAUUGAAUUUAUCCCUUGAGUUGAAGCUUAUGGAAAAUAAAUUAGAAAAAGGAGAAUUAGGACCAAACAUGAAAGGUGACUUACGAAAUUUGGCUGAUUGGGAUGCAAUUUCUCUUGUUUCUUCACAAUUUCCAUCGCUCUCGCCUUCUAGCUUUAGACCUGAUGGCUCAUUUCUUAAGCAUCGUCGCUUCAACGAUGAAAUCAUGGAAAACAAAGAAAUUAUGGAAAAAGCGAUUAAACAGUUGAAUUUGUCUCCUUCAGAUGCAGAACGCUUACGUGAACGAAAUAGAGUACAAGUUCUAGAUGACAAGAAGCUAUGUUUCUCAUUGUCAAAAAGUUACCCAUCGAACCAUAAUCAGCUCUUAGAUAGGUUUGAUAAGCUACCAGGUAAUAGAAAACCUGGCACGUCUAAGAAAGUUGCUACUAAAGUACCAACGCCUUCUGCAGAAAAGCUUCCGGAAACUGAGCAAACACAAGAGAACGAAGUCGGCGAAGACGUUCCUUUGCUCAGCCUUUCUAACUACAGACCGAAUUUACUUCACAAUCGAAAACAGAAUUCUAACACCAAAGCUGCGCGCGUCAAAACGCACGUGGAAAGUAAGAAAUCUAGUAAUGAUUUUGCACUUGAAAACAUUGAUCUAUCAUCAAUCAAGGCUUCCAAAGAGACCAGCAACGUUGCAGUUGAUAGCUAUCUGGCUAAAAAUAUUGAUGUCGCACAUGUUAAACACAAUGUAAAUUCAAUCCUUCCAGGUGAUACCGAACAUUUGAUUGAAGUUAUAGAGAAGCCUAUUAAUGAGCAAAGGGACCAAGAAACCGAACAGACAGAAACUUACAGAAAGGAGUUUACGCAAAAACCAAACAAAGAGUUACCUGGACGAGAGGAUCCUAUUCGAACUGAAGAUUCUUCAAAGCAAGUUGAUGAAUAUAAUAACCAAAAAUCACAUUCAUUGAUAUCUAAUAAGGACGACGAGGUAAUUAAAUUGACUAAUUCUCAGAUUGAUGUUGAAGCCGGUGACAGAUUGCAAAGUUCAAAUCUUACGAAUAGCGAAGCCGAGAAAACACGUAACUCAUAUGUGCCUCAAACUAUACAAAUUACCGAUUCUUCCGAUAGUGAAAACCAAUUUAGAGAUGCAGUAUUAUCAGAGGUCAAUGUUGAGCAGAACAGCAAAUCAGAUGGAAAUAUAAAAAAACGUUCCAUCGAAAGUGUUGAUGCAUCUUCUGAUCCUACUUUAUUGACAAUUGGAAUUCCUGAAAACCAAGGAUUGUUAAAUAUCAAGACGCUAUUGAAUGACGAUUCAGCCCAACAGUCGAGUACAUCUAAUUCUUUCAAUGAAGAAGCUGGAAAAAGUAGAGAGACGUCAGAUAUGCUUUCAAUAGAGAAAGAGCCUUCUUUGGAUUCUUCUUUCAUCAAUAAAUCUCAACACAUUGACAUAGAGAAGGACACAUUACAACCGGUUAACACGGAAUCUUCCGAAGUUGAUCUUCCCACAAAUGAUUUUCAAUCACUUGGUCAUGAGUUACUAAAUGCGUCAAGCGAUGUGAACAACUCUGCUUCCGAUUUAUCAAUGCAGUUAAAAGCAACUAACAUCAAUCAAGAUGUUCCUCUCAUGGAAACACCAAUUUUACUAGAAGGAAUUGAGGCGGAUAAGCAAAAAGUCUAUACUUCGUUAAAAUCACUUCCGCAGGGUUUUACCGAAUUUAAGUGCAAGUGGACUAGUUGUGAAGCCAAUUUGCAUUCUCUAGAAAACUUGUUUACACAUAUAAAAAAAUUACAUACUCAAUGUACAGAUGAGGGCUCCACAUUAAAAUGUUGCUGGAAUCAGUGUUUUUUGUCUUUAGGUUCUGGACAAAUGGACGCUCACAUUAGGGAACAUCUUGAAAAGAUACAGCAUAAUUGCAAAGUUCCUGGAUGCAAAAAAGGGUUAUCUAACUACGAAGAAUUCCAGGAGCAUCUUAUGUUUUCUCAUUUGCCGUAUAAGUUCGAGCCGUCUGCUUUAAUUACUACUAGAAAAUCUAGACUACAAGAAGGAAAUCGAAGAACUCGGAACAACCAAGGAGAUAAAUCUGCUGUUCCUGGAUUUUUCCUUAAUACAUCUACUCCUAUAAUCAAACCCGCCCCAUCGAACUGGUAUCCGGUUCCACCUCCCGGCUUUAGUCCAUCUGUUUUUGCUAGGUUGAACCAGAAUAAUCAAUCAAAGGAAAGGACUGUGUCUUCCUUAGCGAAAAGAAAUGUCUUUCACUCGUUUGCUGGUUUGCGUAAUGACCAUAUGAAAACUACUGGUUCUGAUAGUACUUCUGAUGCUCAGUAUGCUCGAGUUGGUCAAAUAGGACAACUUUUUACCGCUGUAUCAAAAUCAGAGUGUCUUCCUUCGAUGAUUAUUGAAGGAAUAGUUGUUCAGAGGAAGAACUGGAUUGUACAUUAA